AUGCCGUUCUUGUUGGCCUCGAGCAAGUACUUUGGUGUCUGGUUGACGCGUUCGAACGAGUUGUCGCUGGUCAAAGAGUGGAACGAGUAUGUGGACAGCAUACUGCUGUUGCGCUCAAGACCUUUCUGGACGACCAGGAUCUUCAUGGUCUCGCCAAAAAACUUGUGUUUCAUCAACUCGGCAAACGUCUCAUCGUCCAGUGGUGUUCCUGGGUCGCUAUUAAACCCAGUUAAGCAAAACUCUGAUUUGAAAAACGGCUUCAUGUUGAGUACAGCAAGAAUUCUCUUCUUAAACUUGUCGAUAUCGUCAAACUUGGCAGCAUCCAGCCGCGUGAACGUGAUGUUGUCCUUGGAAAUCAGUACAAAAACGUCGCGGUUGUUGCGUGGAACAGGCCGGAACUUCUGGUCAAGCACAAACGGCGACUUUGCGGGCGGAACUAUGGUGGUGGCAGACGAGGACAACGACUCUCUCGAGUGCAGAGUCGAUUUUGUCACCACAGGGAUCGUCACUCCAAUCGGAGACGGUUUCUUGCCGACUGGUCCCAGCUUCUCGAACUUGGAGUCGAUAUUCUUUUGCUUCCCGACCAUGAACGACUUCUCGUGCGAGUUCUUGCGAUCAUUAGGCUUUUUCAUAGAACCAUGGGCAGAUGCUGGGCUGAUCGGCGAGUCUGUUGACUUUGGCGCUUUCGGGAACGUAUAG